AUGUCCUCCCCACAAGGCAAGAAACCUACCAUUCUCUUUGUCCCAGGAUCUUUCUGUCCUCCCUUCUUUUACACUUCGGUGUCAGAUGCGCUCGAGCGAGAUGGGUAUGAAACUGUGAUCGAGCCUCUGCUAUCGGCGAAUCGUGCGCCGCCAGACCCUGCAGCGACUAUGUAUGAAGACGCGAGUAUUCUAUCAAGCAGGAUUGCCACGCUAUGUGACGAAAACAAGGAUGUGGUGCUAGUCAUGCAUUCUUAUGGCGGUGUCGUGGGCAGCGAGGCAUCCAAGGGUCUGUCCAAAAAGGGACGGGAAGCAGCAGGCAAAAAGGGGGGCAUUACAAAACUCAUCUAUGUCACCGCAGUGGUACCAGAGAUUGGGCAGUCUCUAAAGGAUGUCAUGGGCGAUUUACUUCCCAGCCAUCUCAUAGUUGAGGGCGAGUAUAUGUCUCACGUUAUUGAGCCAAGUGCAGCCAUCACUUUUUCUGAUAUCCCAUUAGAUGAAGGUGUAGAAUGGGUGAAAAAGAUGUCCUUGCAUUCUGUCCGUAGCUUUGCAGAACCUCUCACCUACGCAGGCUACAUGGACAUCCCGUCAACGUUUAUCUUCUGCGAGCAGGACCAAAUUUUGCCUCUGGAUUUUCAGCGAAGAAGAGUUCAAACCAUUGAGCGCUGUAGCGGUCAUUCUCUGGCCACCCUGUCUCUCGUUGCUGGCCAUUGCCCUAAUGUCAGCAGGCCCAUAGAUCUUGCAAAAACCAUUCAAAAAGCUCUAGUUGAUAGUUAG